AUGGAACUCACGUUCCAAGGUUACUUGGGCGCAAACUUUUUACUGCUCGCCUUUUGUCUGAGCAUUGCGCUUAUGCCGGAGUACAGUUCUUCUCUAUACAGUGCAAUUUGGGUUUGGCUACUUUCAAUUUCAAUGACUUGCUUUUUGACCAUGCUUUUGUUCUGUGCUUUGUAUGCUGGAGGCGUCGGGGGCCAGUUUGCGGCCUUGGGUGUAAUUGUGGCGUUAUUUUCGUGGGUCAUCGUCAUUCGCGUUCCGCUACUGUAUCGUGUGCCACCAUUCCGUGAGGCUAUUGAUUCCUCUUAUCUGGGAAAGAUUGCUCUUGUCUUUAUUCCGUACAACACAUGUUGUAUGUUACUGAGAUUGAGGAUCAUGAUGCCCACAUUUGACUCUAUGAAGGACGGUGUUCAAUAUCUUUUUGAAUAUCUUUCGUGGUCAAUUUUAUUUGCUUUGGGCGGGCUGGCUCUCUUCGCCUUGCAAAUUGUCACACCUCCUUGGAAUUCGCAAAGGGCGAUCGCCAGGAAACAGCUCACGAAGAAUAUCCAGCAAAUUGUUGAGGCCUUGGAGGCACUCGACACAAUGCUGGAUACAUUCGCCAAAACCAUAAAAACAGCAAACGUGGAGAGUUUCGGGGCUUUGAAGACUGAAAUGGAAGACGCUGCAGCAGUGUUGACGAAAGCAGUUGCUCCCCUGCUGCAGAUUCUUGGGUCACAAUCUGCCUUGAGGGCGCGGAUUGUGGAAAGCGGGAGAGAGCCGUACUGGUUAUGCCCGGAGCCCCGCAUCAACACCAUGCCAGAAAUGGCAAGACUGCAGAUGGCGUUACUUCAAGCCAACAUGCAUCUUGUGGGGGCAGCUAAGCAGGUGUCUCUAAUAGUGAAAGCCAUGGACUUGUUUGCUGCUAGGCGGGCGAGGGCUCUACUGACCAACAUUGCAGAAGUCCGGCAAUCUUUUAGAAUCGCUAUUCUUGUUUGCCGGGAGGGAGGAGCAGUGCUUUCACUGAGUCGGUCCAUGAGGCCUUGCACGGCUUACAACGAGAAGGUCACCCUGGCCAGCCAGCGUCUCAACCGGUUGCGAGAGCUUAUGGAAGGGGUAAGGGUGCGCAGCUCUUUGGGCCACGGACCACUGACUCGUAAGCCAUCAAAAGGUACAGAACUUGUGCAAAAUGCACACGGGCUUCUUCACAGCACAGGCGUGUUUCAGUCGGAUGAUCAGGAGACUUGGAACAGUGGUGAACGGACUACUGAGACAGCUGACAAAGAGACGUCGCAAGCAGGCAUAGAGGGUAUUUUUGGCGCUGAGGCUCAUUCUCGAAUCCCUCGCCAGCAGAAUGGAGGAAGGCGUGUGAGCUUCAAACAGUCAUACCAACCUGGAAGCUUUUCUCAGGCUGACCAUUAUCAACCUUCAACAGCAGAAACCAUGCACCCAUCUGCAUGGGGGAAAGCCAUCAUGAAGUCUCCGCUGAAAGUGCUGCAGCCGAAGAAGACAAAUCGACAUAGAGAAGCACCGUUAGUGGACAACCAUGAUGUUUUUCCCAACGGAGAUUCGAAGGUUGAUUUGAGCGCCCAAGCGAUCAUGCACCUCCCCAGCUUGGAAGUGCAGUCAUCAGUAUCGCCGUCAAUGGGGUGUAAUGAGCCAACAACACAAGAUUCUGUGUUCGAAAAUGCUUCGUUCUUUGAAACAGAGGCACAGGACAUAGUAGAUGCAUCUCGACAGCAUGUAGAGGUGAUUGAAGGUGCCGGGUCACUGCCACUUGCAGCGAUUCGCGUCCGUAGCUCGUCUACAUUACUUUCAGGGGACGAACAGGGAAACUCUGGAGAGCGUAUAAGGCAACGAGAUUGUGAUGAGGGGAGCUUGCGUGGAGGUGUAGUAGAGCCACUCGCUCAUUUCGUUGACACGGCAGGAGAUAAAUUGGUUACGUCAGAUGGCGGAGCGCUUGUGCAACCUGCUGGAAUUCUACAAGAUGCGCUCACCGAUUUGCCAGCGUCAGGCAACUUCUCUGUUGGAGAGGCAACCGCAGCAGAGCAGCCUGUAGGAGCUUCUAGUGGGGAAGCUCCUGGAAAGGAGCCUUCUGCAGACGGCAUCACUGCUAGUUCUUCCAUGGAGCUAGGCAUUCUCUUGGAGUUAUUAAACCAGGGCAGCUCGUUAUCGGGUAGCGAAGAUGCGAAUGGGACGAUGCUGCACCGCUCGCCCUAUUCCCUGCGCCGGCUUUUCAGAAUAGGGUGUCAUGAGAAGCCCUUAAGGAAAAGAGUAGCAAGGGAUGCCCUGACGGACGUCAUUCAUUUGCCCAAGGCUAGUGAAACACCUCUUAGAUAUCCAUCUCUGAGACCCGCCUCGAGCUCCACAGAGAAGAACUGGUACACUCUGGAAACAUACGAAGAGCCAUUGAAAGAAACACAGAACGCACGAGCUGUGAAGCAACAAGUAAAGCUCACCAUGCUUGUGGUUUCACUAAUCCAGAUUGGCAGCAAGGAUUCUCUAGAUUUCUGCUCGGCGAUUGAAGCCUUUAUUUACUCAAACAUGACCCCUUCCUGGAAUCGAUUCUGGUUGAACAUUCGCAUGGUGUUUCUUUCCGGAACCGUCAUGGGGAUGCAACUUUCUAGGGGACUGUGGGAUUUACUCUACUUCUGGAAAUGGCGCUUCACUGGGGAAAAUGCGUGGUACAGCGACGUGGACACUGUCCACUGCAUCAAGUACAUCAUUGGCAUGACGGCCCUUUACGCUGUCGGAGUGUUUGCGGAUGAAGAAAUCACGAUGUGGCUUGUGGGCUCGGUGGAUUUAAACAGCGCCGUGAUGCCCGUUUCGUCUUGGAUGAUUCUUGGCUUUGUCAGCACGAUGAAGUGGACAUUUGAAGGGACAGUGCACACAGCGACGAGCCGUGUUUUGGGGACUUGCUUGGGCUGCGCAUGCAUCUACGGGGCGAUGAUGACUACAAACAGUUAUGAAGUGAUGCUGGCGUGGAACUUUGCUCUUUGUUUCGCCACGUUCUUCAUCUUCGCCAAUCCAGCUGACGUGUACAGUUCUUUUCACCCCGAGUUUGGUCUGAUUGGUCAGGUCUUCUUGUGGACGUGCAUGUUCAUUUUCCAGACAGUUUGGCUGAGGAUGGAUGACAGCUCUGACUCUCCCUCUGCGUUGAAGCUCAACGUAACGAACAGUCGGUUAUGGGGGAACAUUGUUGGUAUUGUUACCGCAGUUGCAGUGUCACAUUUCCCUCCUUAUUUUUCUUCAGAGACCGAGGUCCGGUUUAUAUGCCAGUCGCUGAUGGGGGAUUGCAGCCGCUGCGUCUCCCUCAUAGGAGCAGCUUUUGUGCGCAGCGUUUGUUCUUCAUCAUCGGUGAGCUUCGAGGGAAGAAGUGGGGGUUCCGCUGCUCAGAAGAAGCUGGCCCAACACUUCGAGAAUGCCGCUGUUUGCCCCCCCGAAGUUGGUACCUCAUUUACUCAAGAAUGUGGUCUGCAAGGCCGCGUAGAUAUCCAAAACAAUUAUGAGCCUCCUUUUCAGCAAAGUGUUAGGGGAAAUCAUCUCCCGAAUUCGCGAACGUGCACUCGCAGAACAGUAAUGGAAUGCCCUAGGGUGGAAAGCCCUUGCAUUGGAGAUGCCAACAUUCAGCAGUAUCAUCGAGGUAGAGAGGCGAAGUGGAGGAGAGGCUUUUGCGGAAUCGGAUUUCUAGCAUUGCCAGAGACCUUCAUGAGCACCCCAGUUGCUACUGGUUCUGCACAUCGUUACAAGCAGCUCAAGUCUAGACGUAACGCAUCUAGGGAGAGACGGAAAGGACACCUCAGCAAAAAGUUGCAGAAACCCUACGGGGCUCUGAAAGUUAGCCCGUUCGCUCGGCACUUUCGUCGCCGACACAGGGGAUCCAGACAAGUGGCAUCGUCCUAUGAGUGCCUGGAGAUGGCUUCUGCUGUGCUGCACCACUCGUUCGAACCCAAGCUAUUUCUAUGCCGCCGUUUGUUUAUGGAGGGCACUAAGUGCCCCCAUUCGCCCCUUUGGUGGGUCGACGCGUCGAUGGGUAAGGUGCUGGACUUAAUGGAUUACGUGAGGAUGAGCAUCGCCGACAGCUGCCAAGAUUUCAAGGACUGCCUGCAAGCUGCAACCGUAGAUCCAAGCCCACACUUAGGUGUCAAGGCAACUCUUAAUCAAUGCAGCUUGCUGAUGCAAACGUCAAAUGGCCGGUCCCUGAGACAACACUUUGUUAGGCUGAUUGCGCUUCAAAAGGGUGCAUACAUGGACAUUGGCAGGGAACUUGUCUCCGGACGGAUUGGCUGUUGGGGUAGAAUGCCCGCGUACAGCGCGUGUGACUGUGGCAGACGCCAGGUAUCGGAGAUUUACCUCAUCGCCGCUAGAGAUUACCAACGUAGAAGGGCUUUGAUAGAGUCGACGCUCAGCGCGAUCUUGUCAGACGUUGUACAGUGCUCGCAGGAGCUGCGGCGGCAGACAGGAUACACGGCACAAGAACGGCGGAUGGCCUUGUCAGUGUUGCUGCUGCUUCUGCAGAAGAUUGAAAUGAGGCACGCUGUCACGGAUGACAUUCACAUUUUUAUUGCAGAGUGUAUAAUGAAGCGGGCGUUCCCGGAAGGGCAUUUGAACGAAUUGAUCCAAACGAAGAGUUCACUAAUCAAGAGGCAAAGCACCAAAAGGCAUCGGCACGUUUCCUUCAUGAGGAAGCAGCAGAUGCUGAAACAGUCAAAAAGGAGAGGGUCCUGCCCAAAGACCAGUGGGGCUUCUUCGCGUACUCCAUCCAUCCACUGCUCAGUGCCGCGCGAUCAGUUGUAA